AUGGGUGAGAUCGGUACGAAUCUGCUCCUGCGGAGGAUAGCUGAACAAGACCGCGAACAGAGCAUGAUACGCGACGCAGCACUGGAGAACAAAUUUCGAAAGCUGCCCAAUCCAACGUCGCCCAGAAACGACAAACUGGUGCACAACCUGUCAUCAAAGGAGCUGACGAAGGAUCAGAUGCAGGUUUUAAGGCACGAAGCUUCGUUUAACACGACUAACGCCAAACCUGUUAACAUGACUGCAGCAGUGGAAUCAAUCCUUAGUCAGACGGAGGCUACGGAGGAGACCAAGAGCCUCAUCCGACACCAAGUGUCGUCCCUCCUAAUGGCCCACAGGCCGCGGGAAGUUCUUUCCAAGGUCGAACGUGAUGCGCUUAAAGAACUCAAGGCGGAAAAAGACUUGGUCAUCGUGCCAGCGGACAAGGGACGCUCCACGGUUGUGCUGGACAGGACAGACUACCUUCAAGAAGCCAAAGGUUUACUGGAGGAUCGACAGUUCUAUGUCCCAUGUGCAACGAACCCUGUAAAAGCGCUGACACGCGAAAGUAAUGCUACGUUGUUGGCCUUGGAGAACUAA